AUGGCCAAUAUUGGCGGGCCAAUACUACUUAAACGAACCCUUGGGCUACAGAAUGAUCGAUACAGUCAGUACAUUGGCCCGACGACGGACUUCGAGCCAUCUCUGAUUGAUUUGUCGGAGUUCGAUCCUCAUGAUGAGAGUUUGUUAUCCAGGGGCACUCUGCGAAAGGUCAGCGAGACAGAUACAUUUCUGAUGUUACCUGAUCAUACCACGCCAGGUCACGAGCAUGUGAUUGAAGAUGUUGAUGCCAUUGAAAAUAUUGUUUCCCCUCAUGGGCCGGCAUUGCUGGAUUUAUAUUUCCGCAUCAUACAUCCCAACUUUCCUAUACUUCAGAAGACAGUCUUCUUCGAGAAGUAUAAUCGUUCAUAUCGGGAGUUUUCUCCCCCUCUUCUUGCGGCAGUGUACAUUCUUGCUAUCAAUUGGUGGGAUCAUAGCAAUGAGCUUGCAAAUAUACCCCGACCUAAUCUCCGAGAGCUUGAACGGCUUGCUCGCAUAACCCUAGCAGAGGCAAUGUAUAGGCCAAAGUUGUCCACUGUACAAGCUGGGUUACUGCUCUCGCAACGUCCAGAAGGAGAUCAGUGGGCACCAACAGCGCAAUUUGUAGCCAUCGGUCAAGAGCUGGGGCUUCAUCUUGACUGCUCUGCCUGGAAAAUUCCGCCGUGGGAGCGUGGUCUUCGGAAGCGUCUGGCCUGGGGCUUAUAUAUGCAGGACAAGUGGGGAUCAUUAGUUCACGGACGACCCUCCCACAUCUUCGCAUCCAACUGGGCCGUGACACCCUUAUCUGAAAACGACUUCCCCGAUGUUGAGUUUGACGAAAGUGAUACCGUCGAAAGUGCCGAAUACGAACGUGGACGCCUCCUCUUCAUUCAAAUGAUAAAUUUGUCCCAGAUUGCAGCUGAAGUACUAGAUACAUUCUAUACCCUUCAGGCAAUAGCGACCGUUAACGCAGCCGGACCCCAAGGGACGCAUCUGGUGUUGCAGCUUGCCAAACCUGUGCAGUUAAAACUGAAGGACUGGUUUGCAGGUUUGCCCGCUUGUUUGCGUAUGGAUUCAUCGAAUGGAAGCAAACUCUCCUCGAUAGGCUUCCUUCACCUCGCAUAUUUCGCAACAGAGAUCACUCUCCAUCGCCGUAUCAUUCGCUCACUCUCAUCUCCAGACGCUUCCCCUCCGGAUACGAAACCCACGCUAGACCCCUACAUUCUACAUAUCUGCCGCUCGGCCGCAAAAACACGCCUCAUCUCCGCAAUGGACUUUGUAAACCGACUCACUUCAUCGCACUUACGAGCAUUCUGGUACUUCGCCUCCAAAACGAACUUUGCAUUGAUUGGCACCUUUGGUUCUCUGCUUUGGGCGACCUCACCAGGGAAGGAAGAGGCAGAAUGGUAUCGGAGGCGAUUAGCAGAGUAUCGUUGGACCUUAGGAGUCAGCUGCAAGGGCGGUUCCGGGGACGGAAACCACAGGUUAACAGAGUUCGCAAUGGAGAUGCUGGAUACUUCAACAGGGUUACUGAAAGCUCUCCCCGAAAAGCCGGCUCUCAGUCGUGCUGGUAGCGAAGGCGAAAUUCUCGGUGCGGGUAGGAGUAGGAAUGUAGUGGAAGGAUUUAAUUUCGGAUCCUUUGGAAAUAGUGCGCCAGGAGGGUUUAGCAUCGGUCCUCCAAGAGGCGACGGAAGUGUGGGCAGUUAUGGUGAGUUGGGCCCAGGUCGAGACGAUGGAGGUGAUGGAGGGCUUGGUAUACGAAGUGGUCUCGCCAGUCCUACUACAAGCAUCAGCUCUAGUGGAGGCAGUCAAGUUGGCUAUGAAACAUACCUUGCCCCUUCCUCACGCUACAGCGUUCCUGGUGUUAAUGAGGGGUAUUGA